UCAAUAAAUAAAUAAAUGAGGCUGUGCUUAUGAAAUAGAUGCAAGAAGAUGUUGAAUACCUCUGAGUUAUAAUGCUAUGCCUGUCUCUUGGUAGCCUACUUGUGAAUGCAGUAAGCGUGACCUGUGGCGGUCAGUCCACACCAUUGUACACUACAAAAAUGGCAUGGCCCAUAAAAAGCCUGUUCACAUAUAGCAGUUUUGUUGCAAUGAUCUCUCCUAAGCUUUCUAUCAAAUCGCAGGAGAUAAUCAAAUAUGAGCUAAUUUUUCUACGAUUCUACGAUUAUGCUUAAGAUCACUUUAUUGGAAAGUAACACAAAGUAACUGGAACUUGGUGCUGUUAGGAGUGGCACUUUUGCCAGUGUUGGUGGGCACCAUAGAUGUAUCACUCGCUACCCAGUAUGCCCAUUUGGCCAUGCUGGGGAACAAGCCACUAACCUUAAGGUUGUUAGUUAAUCUCUCUACCUCUAAGUCACCUGCCCCCACCCUACCUCAAACUACAUUUAUGCUCCUGUAUUAGAUGAGAGUAGAUAUGGCAAGUGCAGGGGUGAGUUGGUCCUCCCCUUCUUUAGAUAGACACUUGCAGCAGCAAUAUAGAUGUCUAAUUCUGUCUUCAUGAGCUUCCUCCACCUUAAAAAAACAGCCUGAACCUUGGAUAAGCCCCAUGUGAGGUCACAGCGUGGAGACCACAGAGCUACUGCCGGAACCACACUUACAUCAUAGUGAGCUCAUCCUGGGGGAAGCAGUCAGGGGUCAGAGCUGACAGCUGCAAGGUUCAAAUAUUUGUGUGCAUCUUCAUACCAGGAUGUGUCACUAUUUCUAUCAUUUUAGAGGUCAUGCCCAUUGGAGCGGAGAAUUAUGUACUGCCAAAGUUUUGCCAAGACACAACCUUUUUUCCUCUGCACCCCCCUGGAACUCUUCAACCUACCCUACCUCACUUUGUUAUGGGGCUGUGCCCGGCUCAUAAAUUUUUUGGGGGGUAUAAAUUUUGGUGUUGAGGCAAGAGAGGGAUUUAGAGAGAGGAGAACAUGGAGCCCAUGGCAAGACACUGGCGUUUGGCUCUUCUUGUAAGCACCAUUAUCUGGAACAACUGCCUGGCGCUACCUACCCAGUGCCACUUCAACUCCCAAGCCCUUUGUGAGUACAGGGGGAAGCACUACACCCUUGGUGAAUCCUGGAUGGAGAGCGGGUGUCUCCACUGUACCUGUCUGCACCCCAUGGGCGUUGGCUGCUGCGAAAUGAUCCAACGGCCAGUGGAUUUCCCUGCUUGGUGUGAGGUUCGAGUGGAGACGGAGACCUGCAAGGUGACUUUAGUACAGACUGCAGACCCCCGGCUGCCUUGUGUCCCAGGACAGGAUGGUAACCUGGAUCCAAGCCAUGGGACACUCAACAUGAGGCUGGGAGGGUAACACUCCCAACACCCCCCCAAGACGCACGCACGCAGCACACACACACACACACACGCCUGGUUCUCUCUUCACAUGGAAUGUUUAAAGGAAAUGUCACAAUUGUUAUUUAAAAGGCAUGGAGCUACAUAUGUCUUAAAUAGCAUAGAUACGAUUUCCUCCUAAAAUACUGUAGACAGGGCUACACUGUAUCAAUAGUUAUCAGCCAGGGUCGUUAACUCUCAUGCUCUCACGCCACCCUAACAAAUCUCACGCCAAAUGAAACAAAAAUUUGCAAUAGUACAUCCCCGGUCAAAAAUUUUUGUCGCAACCGGUCCGCGGUCUGUCACCCCCCACUGCACGACAAAGGGAAUUAAUCUCACACCAGCCAGCUCACCGAACUUAGCGACUCUUUAUCAGCCAAGCAGAUAUUUAUGGGGAAAGGUAAUGGUGUGAACUACCAGGUUUUAGUGCCCUGUUGCUAUCUCUAAGUUUCUUAAAGUCUUAAAGUUUCUCUAAGUCUUAAACCUAUAAUCAAAAACCAGAUGAACCUGCUCAGCAAAUCAAAAAGAUGGUUCAUUAGCUCUACACCCAUCCUUCAUUGGUAUUCUAGCUACAGGAGCAAUAAAAAAAUCAUUUAAAAUGCAUCAUGGAUUAUGUCAGUCAUUUGCUGAGGUUGUCAUGACUCAUAACUAGCCAUCUAACAUGGAUAAUAGUAUGUUAUAUAUACCUGUUAAAUAAGGGUAUGGUUGGAUUAAAGACUCUAUACAUGCUAACUUUGCUGGAAUUCUGCAGCUUCUCAGUGAAUUAUGUUUUCAACUGCUACCCAUCAUAAUAAGCAUGAUCUUCGCCCUGGAUUGUAACCACCAUUUAUCAUGGAAUGCACUACUGUAAAUAUCCUCUAGUUACAUAUAAGAAUUUGUAUUGACUUUGUAAGACAUGCAAUGCUUUCCUCUGAAAACUAAAUUUCAUUACCCUUUAAACAAGUUAUGCAUUAAUGUUUUUUAGGCAUUUGUAUGAUUAAAAAUGUUUUAAAAAUACACAACUUAAUAGAUGUAGAUGCACAAUGUUUAUAUUUCUGUAAAAUGCUAAUAAAAUGCUAAAGGCUAAAAUAAA